UAAUUAUUGAUUGUUUGAUCUAAAAAUGAAGAGAGAAUUCAUCAUUUCCUAGAUACACACUGGGGCAGGAGCUGAGCAGAGCACUCCAAGCCAACUAAUCCCUGGGAAGUUUGUUAAAUCCACAGUGGCAUUGCUGACAGAUCCCAUGUGGGUGGAAUAUCCCCUGUCACAUGUAAUAUCAGACAUGGGUUAGCAAAAUCUUAUUUACACCCAUUCAUUCUAAUUAGAAACCCAGUGCUUAAUGUUUUCACAACAUAUUGGAAAUCCCCUGUCAAAGCCCAGAGUAAGGAAAAGGACACUUUGAAAAGGUGAAGAAGAAAAGAAAUGUGGUAAAAAUGAGAGAUUUCACAAGAGGAAGGAAUAGGAAUGCAAAAGGAUCAAGCACUGUUUCAGUUUCCCAGUAGGAAAAGGGGAUAAGUUGUAGAACUGAGAGAAUGGUAGAAAAAGAACUGUUUAAGGGAGGAAAAAAACCCUGUUUAAGGUUAGUUUAAGGGAGGAAAAUCCAACAAAAAAUGUGGAUGAGAAAGCUGGAAUAUGUUUAAUGAGCUCUGUGAGAGGUUUGGACAAUGCACAUAGAAAAAUAUUACACUGCAGGAACUCACUUGGAGGAAGCAGCAAAUAUUCAGCUUUCUGUGGAGGGGCUGCAGAAAAUGCUCUGUCUGAGGAGUUUAUGAGAAAUUCGUGCUGAACCACAGCUUUGCUGCUCUAAAACAUCUCUUGUGCUUUAUAUCAGUGACUUAAUUCCACGAUAUUUAGGAUGUGAUGAGUUUAAGACAGAGGUUAUUGCCAUAAAUGUAACUCCAAGCCCCACAGCCACUGCCUGAGGCUCUCAGGUGACCCCAGAACCUGGGGACAGCAGGGGAGCCCCAAAUCUGGGGCUGCAGCAUCUUUCCAGGUGGAGUGAACAGUUUCAUCAUGCAGAGAUGGGGCAGAACAAGAGACUCCCAUGUGUUUGCUGGGGUAGCAUUGAGGACAGAGCACUGGAUCAGGUAUAUUUAUAUUAAAGGUUGCUCGUGGUAUAUUUAUAUGAAAGAUUGCUCAUGAGAGGGGUGUGACACACACCCAGUGAUGGGACAUUCCCAGCAAAGCAUUCCAAGGACAUUCCUGACCUGUCCGCAGUGCAGGAGCUACGCCGGGUAAGAAGCAUCACUCGAGCAUCCCUCCCAAGCCUCCCUCUCCAAAGCAUCCCCUGUCCCCGAGCCGCAGCGCAGGGGUGAGAAGGGACACGGGGGACACGGGGGGGACCCGAGCGGGGCCGGCCCCGGGCACACCCCGCCCCGGCGGGGCGGGCCGAGCCGCCAGCCCCGAGCCGAGGGCUGUAAAAGCGGGGCGGCGGGGACGGGGAGCAGCGAGCCACAGAGCGGCCGGGGCUGCGUGCGGAACAGGUGAGCGGUGCCCGGGGAACCGGGAGCGCACCGGGAGCGGUGCCUGGGGAACUGGGAGCGCACCGGGACAGGGAGCGGUGUCCCAGGAACCGGGAGCGGUGCCUGGGGAAUCGGGAGCGCACCGGGGCAGGCAGUGAUGCGCCAGAAAUUGGGAGCGCACCAGGAGCGGUGCCCGGGGAAUUGGGAGCGCACCGGGAGCGAGACAGGGACAGGCAGUGAUGCCCCAGGAACAGGGAGGGCACCGGGAGUGGGGAAGGGACUGAUGCCCGGGGAAUUGGGAGCGAGCAGGGAAUGAUUCCUGGGGAAUUGGGAACGCACCGGGAGCGAUACCCGAAUAACCGGGAGCGAUACCCGAAUAACCGAGAGCGAUACCCGAAUAACCGAGAGCGAUACCCGAAUAACCGGGAGUGAUACCCGAAUAACCGGGAACGAUACCCGAAUAACCGGGAUCGGUGCCCUGGAACCGGGAGCAGGCACGGCAGGAGCUGAGUGAGCAUCUCCGCGCUGUCCCGCAGUUUAAACCAGGUGCCAGGAUCGCCGCAGAAACGAGCAAAACGUCGUCCGAAAUGGCAGCCGAGGUGAGGGGGAGCUUGGCUUUGCUGCUUCUGGAGCGGGUGGGAUCAGCACCCCUGGGAGGGCUCAGGAAAGGUGUCCGGGUGGUCCUGAGGGACAUGGGUUAGGGGUGGUCCUGGCAGUGUUGGACUCGCUGAUCUUGGAAGUAUUUUCCGAGUUUAAUGAUUCUCUGGGUGGUUUUCCGGGGUUUUCAAUGGACAAGGGGACAGCAAUAAUCCACAGUCCCUGGCAGCGAAGAUGUACCUGGACACCUCUUCCCAUCCCAGCCCUUCCCUCCCAGCAGCACCAUUCACUCCCUGUCCCCUUUGCCCAUCCCAGGGUGUCCAGCGAGGAGCUGCAAACUUUGGGUUUUCCCCCAUUUUCACCCCCCGCGGAAUCUCCUGCGGACAAACCCGCUUGACACGCAGAGCUCCCGCACUCGGAGCCUCGUCCUGCCCCGCACGCUCCCUCCUGCUCAUCCCUGCUCCAGUCCCUUGGAAAAGCGCCGCUGCUGGCGCGGUUCCUGCCCGCUGUCCAUGGUAGCUCCGCCGCCCGCCCGGCUCCGAGCACCUGCCGAGCCCUUCUGGGGCUGCUUUGGGCUUUUCUCUUUUCAUCUCAACCCAACAUCUGUAACACUGAAAGGCACCCAGGCCUCCCUUUCUGCAACCUGCAUCUUUGCCGGUUUUAUCCUAAUUUUGCGUGACAGCGUCGUGGGCUCUGGAGCUGCUUCGAACGGUAACUUCAGACAGUUUGUAUUAACAGGAGUGUUUCAGAGCGUGUGGCUUGUGCUGGCCCUCAGCUCCUUGUCAGCUGAAUAUUUUCUUCUAGUCUCUCUAAAAGCGUGGUAUUUUUUCAUACUUCAAGGAUCAGAGAACAACUUUCACUAUAUACCUGACUCCUUUACCUUUUAAAUUUUUUUUUCUUUUUUUUGUCAGGAGUCCAUCAAAGGGUCAGAGACCAGCAGCUGCCUUAAAAGAGAGUUACAUGCUGGUCUUGAACUACAUGGCCUGAUAUUUAUUUUCAGGGAGUCCUGCAGAAUUCAAAUAUCUUGGAGGAUCCCCAAGCCAGACCUGUAAUCUCAAGGGCUAAAUUCCAGUGACAGUGACAUGCUCUGAGUCCAGGGUUUUGCUGGUAUAGACUGAAUAAAACCAUUCCUGAGCUGGUUCUCAGUUUUACAUUGAUAAGGAUUGAGAUGAACAUACACUGAUUUUUAGGGGAUAUAUCCAUAAACCUGUGUCUCUUCCCUUCAUUACUUGCAGGGGGACAAAAUGAUGGCAGGAAGGUUUGUGGGGAGCACAGAUCCCAUCAUGGAGAUGCUCAGCGCUUCCAUCACUGUUGAUCAGAGACUGUCUGAAGUCGACAUCCAGGGGAGCAUGGCUUAUGCCAAAGCCUUGGAGAAGGCUGGAAUCCUGUCCAAAACUGAGCUGGAGAAGAUCCUGAGUGGCCUGGAAAAGAUCUCUGAGGAAUGGUCCAAGGGAGUCUUUGGUGUGAUCCCAACUGAUGAGGAUAUCCACACUGCCAACGAGCGCAGACUGAAGGAGCUGAUUGGAGACGUAGCUGGGAAGUUGCACACUGGCAGAAGCAGGAAUGAUCAGGUUGUGACUGACCUGAAGCUGUUCAUGAAGAAUUCCCUCUCCAUCAUCUCCACACACCUCCUGCAGCUCAUUAAGACCCUGGUGGAACGUGCUGCCAUAGAAAUCGAUGUGAUCCUGCCUGGCUACACCCACCUGCAGAAAGCUCAGCCCAUCAGAUGGAGCCAGUUCUUGCUCAGCCACGCUGUUGCUCUGACCCGCGAUUCUGAGCGCCUGGGAGAGAUAAAGAAGAGGAUCAAUGUCUUGCCUUUGGGAAGUGGAGCUCUGGCUGGAAACCCUCUGGAAAUCGAUAGAGAGCUGCUGCGCAGUGAGCUGGACUUUGCUUCCAUCAGCCUGAACAGCAUGGAUGCCGUCAGCGAGAGGGACUUUGUGGUGGAACUCCUCUCCGUUGCCACCCUGCUGAUGAUCCACCUCAGUAAGAUGGCUGAGGAUCUCAUCAUCUACAGCACCAGCGAGUUUGGCUUCCUCACCCUCUCUGAUACCUACUGCUCUGGCAGCAGCCUGAUGCCUCAGAAGAAGAAUCCUGACAGUCUGGAGCUGAUCCGCAGCAAAGCCGGGCGAGUGUUCGGACGGUUGGCUGCAAUUCUCAUGGUGCUCAAAGGACUCCCAAGCACCUACAACAAGGACCUGCAGGAGGACAAAGAGGCUGUCUUUGAUGUCGUAGACACCCUGAAUGCUGUGCUCCAGGUUGCCACUGGAGUGAUUUCCACCCUCCAGAUCAACAAGGAGAGCAUGGAGAAGGCACUGAGCCCCGAGAUCCUGUCAUCUGACCUGGCUCUCUACUUGGUUCAUAAAGGAAUGCCCUUCAGACAAGCCCACAUCGCUGCUGGCAAGGCCGUCCACCUCGCCGAGACCAAAGGCAUCACCAUCAACAAUCUCAGCCUGGAGGACCUGAAGAGCAUCAGCCCCCUGUUUGGCAGCGAUGUGGCGCAGGUGUUCAGCGUGGUGAGCAGCGUGGAGCAGUACACGGCCGCGGGCGGCACCGCCAAGAGCAGCGUGUCCGCCCAGAUCGAGCAGCUGCGGGAGCUGCUCAAGAGGCUCAAGGAACAGGCUUAGAGUGUGGGGAGAGAUCCCGUGCCUGCAGCGGUGUGCCUGUGCCACUCAUCUGGAGUUAAUAAACACUGGGGUGUCUGUAGUUCACUGAAAUUCUGCUCUUCUGUCUUGAUUUUUCGGGGUGAGGAAGGGCUGGGCUCAGCCCAGGUUUGAAAGGGCUGGGCUGUUCCUCCCUUGCAGCUGGGGAUGUGUCUUGCAGGGGAGGGUGACAGACUGGGGUUGUCCCUUUUUACUCAGCAAAAUUCCUGUCCCACCCCAGCCUUGCAGAGCUGGAGUUUUCUCCCCGUGCUGAGGCAGCAGCGUGUUGUUGACUCAGAGCUGCAGGUCUGGGACACUCACAGGGAACAGAAAUAGCAAAGGUGUUGCCUCACCAAGGGCUACAGCACAGCCAGCAGCUAAAUCUCCAACCAAAGUACCCCAGGAGACACAGAGUGCUUGCACCUUUAGACCAUUUGUGCUUUUAGCAUGUGGAGAAGGAUCAGCAACAGCAAAAUUCCCUUU